AUGUUGGGCAUUCGCCUGGUAUCUCUGCUGGCCUUCACUGGCUCAGCCCUCGCAGAACUCGACUUCUCCAAGUGGAAGACUCGCCAGCCCGGCGAGCUCCGCGCUCCCUGUCCGGCCAUGAACAGUCUUGCCAACCACGGCUUCAUCCAGCGUGAUGGCAAGAAUAUCACCGUCGAGGGCCUCACCCCUGUCCUCAAGGAGGUCUUCCAUCUCAGUCACGAGCUCGCCUUCACCGUGUCUCAGCUGGGCCUCUUUACGGCGCUUGACCCAUCCAAAGGUGUCUUUACUCUUCAAGACCUCACGGAUCGUCACAACGUCUUUGAGCACGAUGCUUCCCUGUCUCGCGAAGAUGCCAAGUUCGGCGGUGACCAGUCUGUUCUUCAUAAAGGACAGUUCCAAAAGUUCAUGGAUCACUUCAAGGGAGAAAAGUACAUCUCCUUCGAGGCCGCUGCUAAGGCCCGCUAUGCCAUGGUCCAGGACUCGCGCAAGAGAAACCCCGACUUCACCUACGAUGUCACGCACCGCAUCACCAGCUACGGCGAAACCAUCAAGUACCUCCGUACCAUUGUCGAGCCCUCUACAGGGAAGUGCCCGGUUGACUGGAUCAAGAUCCUUUUUGAGCAAGAGCGUCUUCCCUACAACGAGGGCUGGAGGCCCCCUACCAAUGAGCUCAGCGGCUUCAGUCUCGCGAGCGAGGUUUUGGAGCUGGCUUUGAUCACUCCUGAGAAACUUCCCGUCGAUGAGUGCUUGGGCAAGGGCAAGGGUAAAGGAAACUGCAAGAGACGGCGCAGCUACCUUGGUAUCUAA